AUGAAACCUGUGUCUGCUGCGCCUCCUGCCGGUGGCCCCGGUGUAUUGCUCUGCUCUCUCUCUCUCUCUCUGACGGUCCGGGGGGGGGAACGACGGUCCCAGCAGCGCUCGUGUGGCAGCCAUGGAGCCCGAUAGGGUGGCGGCGGCGGCGGCGGCGGCGGCGGCGGACGACGACGACUCAGAAGGUGCGGAGGAAGAGCGAAACGUGUUGCAGGAACUGUCGGAGUUGCCGGUGGAGGGGGCGGCGGGCAAGAAGAGGCCGACGUGCUCACGGUGCAGCCGCCCCCAGAAGGUUUGCCUCUGCCCGUUCCUACCAGUUGAUCCGCUGAAUGUCUCCACAUGCCUAUAUAUAGUUCAGCAUCCAGCAGAGGGGAAUCGUGUGCUGCGAACUGUGCCUCUGCUUGCUGCCUGCCUUCCAGCUGACAAAUGUAAAGUCUUUAUUGGUCGACGUUUUAGUGAAGAGAGGCAUCCUGAACUUGCAGCUGUUUGCCAGAGUCUUAGUACAUUAGUCCUAUAUCCUGGACCUGAGGCAAAUAACCUAGAAGAACUUGAACUUGACCCAUCGCUGUCACCAUAUAACAUCAUUAUCAUAGAUGGGACAUGGAGCCAGGCCAAAGGCAUGUUUUAUGGAAAUUCUCUUUUCCGCUCCCCUAAACAAGUUCAACUCAAAACCAGUUUAUCGAGCCAAUACAUAAUUCGAACUCAGCCAACAAAUACUUGUCUCUCUACACUGGAGUGUGCAGCCUUUGCAUUGUCAAUAGUGGAAAAGAACCAUUGCAUUCAUGAGAUUGUUCUACGUCCUCUUCAAGCUUUGUGCUCAUUCCAGCUUCAGCAUGGAGCUCAGAUCCAUCACAGCAAGGAACAUUUGAUCAAGAAUGGAUUGUAUGAAAAAUCAAUGCCAAAGAAUAAACGUAAACUCAAUAGAAUGGAACGUUUAGUGAACAAUGUCAAAGUAUAGGGGACAAGUAUGAUUUUAAUUAGGCUUUAUUUUUUUGAGCAGCAAUUUUCUUGUGGAAUUUUCUAUGAAUCGUCAUAGUUUUCUAUCUUUGAAUUUUCAUUUAGGUUGCACAUCAAUUUUCUAAAGUCUGAUUCCUGUUGUUUCCUGUUACUAUUUCAAUCUGACCGAACUCUGAGGACAAGUUUCCUCAGGGCUUCCCCUGCAGCACUGCUGUAAUUUAGGCAAAUAUUCAGCAGGAAUCUUGUUUACAUACAUAAAUAGGUUCCUCCUGAAAUUUCGUUGGCAUUAUGGCAGCACAGUGACAGAAGCCCCGAGGAAAGUCACCCCUUAAUAAGUUUAGAGGGUUAAAGCUGUUUCUUUUUUCUUUUGCUUUCUGAGGUCUACUUUGCAAUUCUACAGUUCUCAGUAAAGUAGUGAUGGAGGGUUAUAUCUAAACAAUAUGUUUUUGUUAGCCUCACUUGGGAAUUUACCUCUUUUGAACCAGAAUAGGACGCUUUAUCCAGGCCCAUCUCAAUCAGGAUUUACCACUGCUGGUCUGUAGGAGCUUUUUUUACCUGGACAGUUAUAAGCUGAGUCACCAGUUAGCCCACAUGUAGUUUUCAUUUAUCAAAGACAAUAAUGUACAGUUGUAAAUGGGACCCCAACUUCUGUUUCAUACCUGGAAAUACCAAGUUUCCAUAGUGGCUCAGAGGAAAAUUCCUAAUGUAAGUCAUCAGGACAUAAAUACACUCGGACCCAGUGUGCAGUGCCAGCCAGCUUCUGUAUGUGGUGGAACUUCCAUCUGCCUCCAGUGGAACUCAUGAUAUUCAGGGUGGCAAAGCUGGAGGGAGGGGAAUUUCUAGUCAGGAAUGAUGGCCCUUGGGGAAAUGUCAACAGUGAUUGUAACUGCUGGAACAGAGAUUUUCAACCCUCACUGACAGAGGCACACUUUUUAAAAAAAUAAAUAAAUUUCUCAUCCCUGGCCUCCUUUAUACUGAACAUUCUGAUUUCUAAUUUGAAACUGGCCUUUGGCACUUGGAGUGAUGAUGUAGGGUCUAUCAGGCAGUGGGGGGGGGGCG